AUUUUUGUUCGUAAUAUUGUACAUCCCUACUUCUCUUUCUUUCUGACGAAAAUCUCAACCGCCAAAACCUGCCGCCACCACCGCGCCACGCCACCUCCCAGUCUCCGGCCGCGGCCUGCCCGCCCUCCAGAGCCUCCAACGCCGACGCUCAAUCGCCAACUGGAGACGAUUAUUCCUCCCGUUGGAAUUCGAGGGUGGAUUGGAGGUCGACUUAGUUUCCUGCUUGAGAAUGGAAGGAAUUACAGAACGCAAGCCUGUAGAGAUCCUAGCAUUGAACAGUUUCAGUCUGACCCACUAUUGUACAAUCAUCGUCCGGUCUACGGUCAUCCUCCUGUGAGAAAUUUUAGUUCCGACCCCUUACACGAAGCUAAAAGCCUUCAGCACUGGUACAAGAACUGGCAAGAGAGAAGGAAAACCAAAUUGACUGCAAGCAUAUUUGGUGGGGCGAUUGGGUUAUGGCGUGGGCGUCGGGUGAAGCUGUGGUUGGAAAAGAUUGGUGCAGAGGAGCCAUUCAGGGGAAACUGGGCGACCUGGUGGGGCAAUGUUAAAGAAAAGGAAGCACUUCAAAGGUACAAAUUGAUUACAGGGCAUGAUAUUGCAUUUCCCUUGUUUCAACUCUAUGGGGAGAGAUAUCCAGAACAUGAUUGGAUAGCAGCUUCGCCUGAUGGGUUAAUAGAGAAACCAUUUUAUGGACUGCCAUCUAGAGGCGUGCUAGAGAUAAAAUGUCCGUUUUUUGAUGAUAUGAAAGAUGCUAAGCCAUGGAAACGAAUCCCCCUCUAUUAUAUCCCACAAGCUCAGGGUUUGUUGGAGAUCAUGGAUAGGGAUUGGAUGGACUUUUAUAUGUGGACACCACGAGGAAGUAGUCUAUUCAGGGUCCAUAGAGACAGAGAGUACUGGAAUGUUAUGAGGUUGGCUCUUUCGGAUUUUUGGUUGAACCAUGUUUUGCCAGCUAGAGAAUUGUGUAGUACGAAAAAUAUUAAGAAUCCUCGUGUGGAGCUGCCUUUACUCAGGCCUGCUCCUAAACAUGAGUCUUGUGAUUAUAUAAUCCAAGAGAGCAGGCGGAUUGUUGAUGCUUCUCCUUUGUUGACUCGUGAGAUUGAUGGAGUACUUCAACCCAUAUGGCAACCAGCAUCACCUACGACGAACCAGCAUGAUUGUCAAGACUACUGCUUGCCAGACAGUGAGUGAAUACACUUCAUUCCGAUUUGUGUUUCCAGGCUCAGGUUAUGCAGCUGGAUGCCUGCAUAUGGAAUUAAGAGUUGAAAUGGGCGUCUAACAAGUGACCGAAGAAGUCAGCCCUUGCCAGAUACUGCAGCACUCCUUUCCCUCGUUCCCUCUCUCUCUAUUUUUCGGUCAGCAGCAUGUCAGAUAACAGAAAUGCUGCCAACUCAUGCUGCUGGUAACUGCUUCAAGUAAGCCAUCUGGAGCUUUAUCCCAGCACUUCACUCUCCAUUUCCUUCACUUUAGUGGUUGCUUUUGUAUGCAUAUGAAAGGAUAGGUGUGUUGGGAUGCUGAACCAAGAGCUAAUUUUCUCUGUUUUAACUUUCUUGCUGUUCAGUCUUUUCCAAUAGGAGUCAUAGCAGAGAGAAGCAUCCAUGAGAAAUGGACAUUUUGGCUAGCGAAAGAAUUAAAGGUGGCAUUUUGCUGAUUCUGAUGAAGCUUCUGUGGCCACCCUUUAGCUUUCUGCAUGUCCAUCAAGCUGCAUGACAUAUGAGCUGUUAACUGAUAUGCACGUGAUGACGUAUUAGUUGCUAACUGAUAUGCAAGCAUGAUUUUCUCUUCCUGUCUGGAAUAUAUCAUUAGUUUUUAGGGUCACCAUAGUUGGUUUCCCAGUUUACAGGUCUGGCGUGAGUUGAGCUUAGACGAGAGCAAAUGUCAGCAGGCUUUUUUUUUUUUUUUUUUUAUCUCUACGAAGUUCAUCUGAGAAAAUGAGGUAAAUUCAUUCUCCUUACUGUCCUAUCAGUUCUUAUUGACACAAAUGGUAUCUUUAUUGAUCAAUGUAAUAUUAUAACAUACAAUACUAGCAACACAACAAAUUAGUGUCCAGGCUUCAAUGCAAUCAAUUAAUCAGCUCUUAUGUUCAUUGGCAUAGGAAAGCGGCAUCAGCAUUCUUGUCACUGCAAUACGAGCAAGGAUGCUGAUUCUCAAACUCUUGCCUGUUCAACACCUCCCUAGCCAUCCCCACAAUUUGCUUGUUGCUCAACGCACCUGGAUUCUCCUUCAACACCUUCUCACCUGCAUUGUUGAAUGCCCCAUAAGCUUUCCUACUACCUUCACCGUCGUGGUGGUAGGGUUGAUGUCUGCAGAGGUCUCAUUUGCUUGGCUCCCACUCAAAAGAAUCCCCUCAUCAUAAGAUGAUCCAACUUGAAGGGGAUCGACAAACCCGAUGCUCGCGUCAGAAUGGAAGAGCUCGAGGAGGUGGGUCCCGAUGUCCGAGGUGUUGGUUUUCGUCAGGGAGAUGAGGUGUUGGAGGACCGCUUGGAAAGGAAUGGUCUUGGGGGAGAUGGAGAAGUUUUGUUGCAGUGAUUUUGCAGAAAGAAGUGUGGAUGAUGGCCCUAUUUAUUCUUUUUCCUUGUCAAUCAAGCCGCCGCUGUGGCAUGAAUCAGAAAGGAUUGUGAAGGUUGCGCAAGGUUUGGAAGUUGCUUGAAAGAAACUGUUGAGGGAGGCUGCAUUUUAUUUGGCUUUCAAGCAUUGGAAGCGGAUGAAAGAAUGUAUGUUCAUUUUCCUUUCUUUUCUCCAGCAUCGAAUCUCGGUCAAGUAAAGAUGGAUUAUACAAUAUUCACAAUGACAUUCUUCAAUGACCUUAGGACGAUUCUAAGCUUCGGCAGAAUUGGUAUAGAACCGGAUCGAAAUCUCAGGUAAAGAAGAAUCAAAAC